UCGACGUCACGCUUUCGUACGCUUUUGGAUUCGGCAGAAGAAGAUGGCGGCCUCCUCAGGAGUUAAAGUCCCUCGUAAUUUUCGUUUGUUGGAAGAGCUUGAGGAAGGACAGAAGGGUGUUGGUGAUGGGACGGUGAGCUGGGGUCUGGAGGAUGACGAGGAUAUGACUCUCACACGGUGGACGGGCAUGAUCAUCGGACCUGCACGAACUAAUUACGAAAACAGGAUAUACAGCCUGAAAGUGGAGUGCGGACCUAAAUAUCCUGAAGUACCACCGACUGUUAGAUUUGUAACAAAAAUUAGCAUGAAUGGAAUAAAUAAUUCCAAUGGGAUGGUGGAUGCACGUAGCAUACCAGUUCUAGCAAAAUGGCAAAACUCAUAUAGCAUUAAAGUCGUUCUUCAAGAGCUAAGGCGUCUUAUGAUGUCCAAAGAGAAUAUGAAGCUUCCUCAACCACCGGAAGGACAGACGUACAGCAAUUAAUUGUAAAUGAUUGUUAUGACCCUCUGUCUUAAACCUUACUCUCUUAGAAAUGUCUUGUAAAUCAUCAGAAAAAGAAAAAACAAAACAAAUAUUGCUCACUCCACACUCAAACAGUCUCCUCUGCGGGAGCACGAUUGGACAUUUCUAAUAGUUUAGCUUGAGAAACAAAAAGGAAAACGUCUUUAUUGUGUGGCACCAUGUUCAAUUCUGUUUUAAAGUUAUGAGUGCACAAAUCUCUCUCUUCCAGUAACAUUUACAUCGACCACGAGCUUUAUGAUGAUGAACUGAAUCAAGUCAGCAUAGACACAGAAAGAAGGCAUGCUAGGUGAGGUUUAUACAGAUCUGUUCAUUUUAAGUUAAAGUAAUGGGACACCAAAACUAAAAAAAAAUUAGGAUGCAUAUACAACGGCAUGCUUAAAAAAAAAAAAGAGAAAAAAAAAAGAAA